CCUUUUCUUCCUGCAUUCUUUCACGAAAUGCCUGUCGAGACGGAACUCUAUGAAUUGUUAGGCGUGUCGGUGGAGGCGGGGGAAGCGGAGAUCAAGAAGGCGUAUCGCAAGAAGGCCAUGCAGCAUCAUCCGGACAAGAACAUAGACGACCCUGAUGCUGCCCAAAAGUUCCAAGAGAUCGCCGCUGCCUACGAAAUCCUGAUCGACCCCCAAUCGCGCGCCGCCUAUGAUCGCAGCGGGAUGGCCGGGCUGAACGGUGGGCCCGGCGGCCCUGCAGGCUUCGACGCGGCGGACCUCUUCGCCCAGUUCUUCGAAGGCUCGGGCAUGUUCUUCGACUUCAACGGCGGCCCAGGGAUGGGACGGCGGAAGGGCAAGGGCGAAGACUCGGUCAUCCCGUACGACGUGACGCUAGAGGAUCUGUACAAUGGCAAGACCGUGCAGAUGAAUAUCCAGAAAGAGGUACUGUGCGGGGUGUGCAAGGGGUCUGGCGCGCGAGGGAGUGCGAAGCCGAAGCCUUGCACCAAGUGUGAAGGAAAGGGCUGGUCCUUCGUGCAUACCGCGAUAUCACCGAACCAGUACGGCACCUCGCGUGCGCCGUGUUCUGACUGCAAGGGCUCCGGCGAGAAGUUACGUGAGAAGGAUCGCUGCAAAAAGUGCAAGGGCGAGAAAACGGUGAAGGAGAAGUCCCGGCAGGAGAUCCACAUCGAGAAGGGAAUGACGGACCGGCAACGCAUCGUCCUCGCAGGCGCCGGAGACCAAGAACCCGGCGUUCCCCCAGGCGACGUGAUCUUCAUCCUAAAAGCCGCGCCACACGACUCAUUCGAGCGCUCCGGCAACGACCUCCUCACGCAUGUCACCAUCACACUCUCUGAGGCGCUCAUGGGCUUCUCGCGCAUACUUGUAACGCAUCUAGAUGGCCGGGGGAUCCAGGUGUCGUCCCCUCCGGGCAAAAUCAUCAAGCCGGACGACACGAUCGUGCUUCGUGGGGAGGGUAUGCCUGUGCACAAACGGCCAGACACGAAGGGCGAUCUGUACAUCCUCUUCGACGUCGAGAUGCCUGACGCGCAAUGGCUCAAGACAGUCGACACCAACGCCCUCUCCGCCCUCCUCCCCCCCAAACGCUCGAACCCCGAGCCCGCGCCGGAGAUCGUAGAUGAGGCUCCCUACGAGGAGAUCGACAUCGACGACGUGCGUGGGCGCUCAUUCCCUGCCGGGUCUGAUUUCUUUGACGGCGCGCAGUUCGGCGAGGGCGAGGAGGACUGGGAGGACGACGAAGACGACGAACAUGAGCCCGAGUGCAGGCCGCAAUAGACGGAUGCCAUUCAACCCAUGACGCGCUUCAGAGUCGUCCGCGGGACGGCAGUUCUUGCCCGUGGUGUGACAGCCCGGUGCAACAGCCCUCGCUCGCGUUGCAGUCGUCGCCCACGACGAACGAAGGCGCCCUUGAUGAUCUACUACUACCUACCUACUUUUACGACGUUGCUUUCGACCUACCGUAUCGUAUACCUGACCGCUCGUUUCAUACCCGCCA